CCUCUGGUGGCUCAGGGAGUAGCGCGCCUGACUCACAUCCCAGAGAACUCGGGUUCGAUUCCCGACUCCGACCCUGGCCUGCGCUUUUCCUAUUUUUCCUUUCCUACCACCUCCCUAACACAAAUUCCUUCCUUCCCCCAAGAGGAACCUUCAUAUAUACGACAUUAUUCUCUAUCUACGACAUUAUUCUAUCUUUAAAAACCAGUUUAUGGCCGUAUAGCGAGUACUCGCUGGAGCCAAUCCCAAAACCCAAGCAACUGAUCACUAAUACUAAACAUAACACUAUAUAUGUACGAAUAUUCAAGAUGGCGACGAAUUGGUCCAAGACUUGGACUCCAAGUCAUUCCAUUUGGCAAACCUGGCCACAUACGGAACACUUUUCGUGACCACUUUUUUUCUCUCUACACUAUCGAGAUAACUCUCCUUACUCUUCCUUCAUGGACAAAACUAUGUCGCAACAAACGAAAUUGUGCACGCCACUUCCCAGGAAUUUAACUGAUAGCAUUAAGAUUUGUGAAAACAAUGAGCAAUAUGUUGUCAACUUUUUGCAAAACUUGUUGCCACCGUCCGACUGCAAAUCUAUCUCAGACGAGAUGCGAAAGACCUUUAUAUUUAAUAAGUUCAAAGUUAAGCGUAAGCGAAAAAGAGAUCACAGAGGCAAAUUCUUAUCAGCUAGGAAAAGAUUACAUCUUGAUUUGGGCAAAGUUAGUCACAAGAGUCAAAUAAAAUAUUCCGAUCUUUUGCCCUUAAACCAAUUGUGGUUGAACUAUAUGCGAAAAAUGCUUGGUGUCGAGUCAUUUACCAGUAUACCUGAAAACUCUAAUAAUCCAAAUUGGGAGAAUGUAAAUCAGCAAUUGAUAAAAGCUGAUUUUCAUGGUGCUAAAAUUUCAAUUGAUAAAUCAAAAUGCCCGACUUUGGUAGGACUUACAGGGAUUGUCAUACAAGAUACAAAAAACACUUUUAGGAUUUGUGGGCUGGACAAUGUUAUUCGAACAAUACCAAAAGAUGUGGUGAAAAUUCGUAUUCACUUAGACAAUGGUGUAAUAUUAAAAGCAUUUGGACGGCAACUCUCUAUAAGACCUGUAGAACGAGCAGUUAAAAAAUACAAAAAUACAAAAAUAGUUCAAUUGUGAUGUUGUAAAUAUUUAUAACAUAAUAUACUAAUAAAUUCAAUGAUAUUGUCCUUUAUAGAGAUGUACGAUUUAAAUUAACAAGAAUUUUCAUAAAGAAGUUAUCUUGCAAAAUACUAGAAAGAAUGUAAUAAAAAUUAAUCUAUAGAUUUAUANAUAUAUAAUUAAUGACAAUAAUUCUUUUGCUCAAGUUUGCUUAAUUUCAUGCAGAUGUUUUAAAAUUAUUUAUUUCCAUAUCUUUCAUUAUUCUUCUGCAGAUUAUUAUUAUAGAAUAUUACAAUUACAGAAUUGAUAUAUUUACUACUUACAUGUUACAUUAUUUAUAUAAUAUAGUAUUUUAGAUUUAUAUAUAAUGUUUGUAUAUAUAUGUGUGUGUGUGUGUGUACGUACUUUGCAUGUAUUUAUGGAGAGAUAUGCUACUAAACAAUAAUGUAUUUAUAUUUUGGAAGUGUCUUUUUUUCACCCAUAUUGCAUUUAGAACCACAGUAGCCAAAUAUGACACUGAUAUGGUGAUAAUUAUUUUCAAUUAGUACAAUAACUAUAUUUGUUAAUCGAUCUACGAUUUCAUUGGCUAAAUUUAGAUCAGAGUGAAAUAAUACCAGGUCAUGUGGUUUUUGACCUUUAUUCGACAUAACAUUUUUAUGAUAUAUACACAGCUGGAUCAUUGCACGGUCAACUGUGGAGUAGUAAAACGAAAGCUUUGAACAAUAGAGAUGAAUAAAGUGUGAUAAAGAAAACACGUCAUAUAUCUGCUCUUUUACUAUUACAUAUAAAUUUUUACUUGGACCUAGUAAUAACCCGACUAUUUCGUCGAGCGAUAUAAUUAACUUUCGCUUCGUACUUUAAAAUAAAGAUUAUAUAUUAUAUAAACCAUUAUAUCUUAAGAUGUAACAUAAAUGUGAUAUCACUAAAUGAUAUAAAAUUACGCAGCAGGGGCAACUUUAGGAAUGUUAAAGGUAAGACGUAUUACAAAAUUAAUAUUUGUUUUUCUUCGUUUUCUGCCAUGUCUCAUGUAUUGAUCUUGAUGCAUCAAUGUAGCACUUUAUACACGCAACAUAAAUAUUAAAAAAAAACAUGAAUGUUUAACAGAGAUACAACAUGGCUUUGUCAUUUUCUAGAAGUAUUGCGAUCUAAUUUAUCUUAAUACUUGCACAAUUUAGGCAUAGUUUGUAACAAGCUAUAUAAUGAUUAACGAUUAAUAAUUUCAAAUAAGAUACUAUGCACACAUACUAUAUGAAGUCAAAACGAGUAGAAAAUACUACUAAAACAUAUGUACGACGUAAUAGAGACGAUCUCGUGGGUGUAUUAUACUUUGUUCCAAUUCUUAAAUAUCUUUAUAUAUCUCCAACUCUAAAUCAUAACUGUCUUCACUUGCAUAGUGAAUAACAAAAGGUCGAAAGCAUGAUACAUACGAAGAUCGGACGAAAAUUCAAACUAUUUUAUAUAUUUCAAUACAUUAGUAAAAUAAUAAGAUCUUACCAUCAAUUUCAGUAUCUAUAAUUAUUUGUUUUUGUGUCGUUCGUUUAUGCAAAUUAAAUUAACUGCGAAUAUGUACCUCUAUUCAAGCAAAUAUACAUACAAGUAGAUCUAGAACGAUGUUUAUGUACUAUAGACGCCAACAUAUUCUGAAAUGUCUACAGAUUUUCUCCAUUUUUUGAAGGAUCUCGUCUCAUUACAAUAUUGAUAUACAUGAUCUAUCCAAUCUAAAAGAUACUCUUGUUACAGUUUUGGGAGGACACUCUUCAUUUUUAUCAUGAUUUACCACACGCUACGAUAUUUCUAAAAUGUAUAUUUCUUACAAUGAGCUAUUACAUAUUUGCAAGAUACAAAAAAAAAAAGAGAUUAACUUUUAAA